ACGAUUCUUCAUUCGAACCAAAAACACAUCCAACGACGACGAUGACAACGAACCGAUCCACCAGACUUCUGGUGUUGCUAGUGUUGACCUCACUGGUGGCCAAUCAUCAUCAGGCGAAUGCCGCCGCCGUGGGACUGAAGUGCGGCGGCAGGAGCGCCGUCUGCGUGGGCCCACUUUCCUACCAGGAGUGCGUGGAUGGCCUGACCUCCGGUCCGGUGGUGCCGUGCGCGGUGAACACCCGUUGCGUGACCGACGGCCUCGAGAUCUGCGUGCCGGUCAAGUCGGCCGCUGAGGCUCCUACGGCGGCCGUCGCCAAGAUGGUGACCAUCACCGACAGCCCCGUCAGCGAGUCCGCUCCGCUGGUGGAUGGCUCCAGCUCCAGCAGCUCAGGAGGCGAAAUCUCUACCGAGGGACCAAGUGCCGCAUCCAGUGCUGCUACAGCGGAGUCACCUGCUCCGGUUGAGACGACCCAGGCACCGGUGGAGACCACCCAAGCGGCCGCUGAGACGACCACCGCAUCCAUCGAUGAGACAACCACCGGAUCGGAGGCACCUCUAGAGACCGAAUCGACGAUUCCCAGCGACACCACUCCCGUGGACACCACUUUGGGACCCGGAUCGGAAGCCACUAACCCACCCAUUGAACCCGAGAGCACCACAGCCGCUCCUGGAGAGGGAACCACCCUUGCGCCAGGUGAUGUCGACCCGAACACGCCCAUUGAUCCAAGCGCCCCUCAGGAUCCCAACGCACCCGAAGAAUCUACCUACGAACCCGGUUUAGUCGACCCCACCGCUCCAGUUGAAACAACUGCCGCUCCCGGAACUCCUGUUGAUGAAACGACCGCUGCUCCUGGAGCUCCUGUGGAAGGAUCGACUGCUGCUCCUGUUGAAGGAUCGACCGCUGCCCCUGGUGCUCCCGUUGAAGGAUCAACUGCUGCUCCUGGUGCCCCUGGUGCUCCUGUUGAAGGAUCUACCGAUGCUCCUGGUGCCCCUGGUGCUUCUGUUGAAGGAUCUACCGCUGCCCCUGGUGCUCCCGUUGAAGGAUCAACUGAUGCUCCUGGUGCCCCUGGUGGUCCUGUUGAAGGAUCUACCGCUGCUCCUGGUGCCCCUGGUGCUCCUGUUGAAGGAUCUACCGCUGCCCCUGGUGCUCCCGUUGAAGGAUCAACUGAUGCUCCUGGUGCCCCUGGUGCUCCUGUUGAAGGAUCUACCGCUGCUCCUGGUGCCCCUGGUGCUCCUGUUGAAGGAUCUACCGAUGCUCCUGGUGCCCCUGGUGCUCCUGUUGAAGGAUCUACCGCAGCUCCUGGUGCCCCUGGUGCUCCCGUUGAAGGAUCAACUGCUGCUCCUGGUGCUCCUGUUGAAGGAUCUACCGCUGCUCCUGAUGCCCCUGGUGCUCCUGUUGAAGGAUCUACCGCAGCUCCUGGUGCCCCUGGUGCUCCCGUUGAAGGAUCAACUGCUGCUCCUGGUGCUCCUGUUGAAGGAUCUACCGAUGCUCCUGGUGCUCCCGUUGAAGGAUCAACUGCUGCUCCUGGUGCUCCUGUUGAAGGAUCUACCGCUGCUCCUGCUGCUCCUGGUGCUCCAGUUGAAGGAUCGACCUCUGCUCCUGGAUCUCCUGCUGAUCCCAACGUCCCAGCUGGUGGUGCUCCUGGAUCUUCUGCUGGUGCCGCCCCAGGAUCUCCUGCUGAUCCUUAUGUACCUGCUGAUGGAUCUCCUGCUGAUCCCAAUGUACCCGCUGGAGGUGCUCCUGGAUCUUCUGCUGGUGCCGCCCCAGGAUCUCCUUCUGAUCCCAAUGUUCCUGCUGGUGGUGCUCCUGGAUCUCCUGCUGGUGCCGCCCCAGGAUCUCCUGCUGAUCCUAAUGUACCUGCUGAUGGAUCUCCUGCUGAUCCCAAUGUACCCGCUGGAGGUGCUCCUGGAUCUUCUGCUGGUGCCGCCCCAGGAUCUCCUUCUGAUCCCAAUGUUCCUGCUGGUGGUGCUCCUGGAUCUCCUGCUGGUGCCGCCCCAGGAUCUCCUGCUGAUCCUAAUGUACCUGCUGAUGGAUCUCCUGCUGAUCCCAAUGUACCCGCUGGAGGUGCUCCUGGAUCUUCUGCUGGUGCUGCCCCUGGUUCUCCUUCUGAUCCCAAUGUACCCGCUGGUGGGUCUCCUGGAUCUCCUGCUGGUGCCGCCCCAGGAUCUCCUUCUGAUCCCAAUGCACCCGCUGGUGGGUCUCCUGCUGAUCCCAAUGUUCCUGCUGGUGGUGCUCCUGGAUCUUCUGCUGGUAUCGCCCCAGGGUCUCCUGCUGAUCCCAAUGUACCCGCUGGAGGUGCUCCUGGAUCUUCUGCUGGUGCCGCCCCAGGAUCUCCUACUGAUCCCAAUGUUCCUGCUGGUGGUGCUCCUGGAUCUUCUGCUGGUGUCGCCCCAGGGUCUCCUGCUGAUCCCAAUGUACCCGCUGGUGGGUUUCCUGGAUCUCCUUCUGAUCCCAAUGUUCCUGCUGGUGGUGCUCCUGGAUCUCCUGCUGGUGCCGCCCCAGGAUCUCCUGCUGAUCCUAAUGUACCUGCUGAUGGAUCUCCUGCUGAUCCCAAUGUACCCGCUGGAGGUGCUCCUGGAUCUUCUGCUGGUGCCGCCCCAGGAUCUCCUUCUGAUCCCAACGUUCCUGCUGGUGGUGCUCCUGGAUCUUCUGCUGGUGCCGCCCCAGGAUCUCCUGCUGAUCCUAAUGUACCUGCUGAUGGAUCUCCUGCUGAUCCCAAUGUACCCGCUGGAGGUGCUCCUGGAUCUUCUGCUGGUGUCGCCCCAGGGUCUCCUGCUGAUCCCAAUGUACCCGCUGGUGGUGCUCCUGGAUCUCCUGCUGAUCCUAAUGUACCCGCCGGUGGAUCUCCUGCUGAUCCCAACGUCCCUGCUGGUGGAUCUCCUUCUGAUCCCAAUGUUCCUGCUGGUGGUGCUCCUGGAUCCCCUGCUGAUCCCAAUGUACCCGCUGGUGGUGCUGCUCCAGGAUCUGAUGGCUCCAACUCUGCUGCUGGCCCGAAUUCGCCGCUUAAUCCACCAGCUGGCUCACUCAUUCCAUCGAUUCCUGUUCUACCUGGCGGAGUUGGCAAUUGGCCUUGGCAUCCGCGCCCGAACAUUCCAGUCCUGCCGACCUGGAGACCACUGCUUCCUGGACAAAACGGCUCAGGUGCUGGGGCUACUGCUCCUGGCAGUGGACUGAUCAAUGGCCUUGCCAACCCGCCUCAACGUCCUCUUCCCUUCUGGCCCAACUGGCACAAAUGGGUGAACAGCUGGCGUCCAACAAGGCCAGUGACCAGCACCGAGGCUCCUGCCCAACCGGAAAAUCCCCAACAGCCACAGAAUCCUCAACAGCCACAGAGUCCCCAACAGCCACAGAAUCCCCAACAGCCACAGAAUCCUCAGCAGCCACAGAAUCCUCAGCAGCCGCAGGAACCACAGAUACCCCAAAAGCCCAACAAUCCCGAGACUGCCGAGAGCGUAGAACAGGCUGUCCCAGUUCCGCCAGCCGGAGGAGCUGCGUCCAACGAGAAUGCCUCCGUUGAGGAGAGCAACAAGGCCUCCAGCGAGAAAUCGAAGGACAAGCCCAAGUCCAGUGAGGAUCAAUCCAAGGAGCAGGAGCAGAAGAAGCCCAGCUCUGAGGAGAAGGAGAAGGACAAGGACAACAAGGAAAAGGACAAGUCUAAGGAGAAGAAGGACAAGGACAACAAGGAGAAGGACAAGGACAGCAAGGAGAAGAAGGACAAGUCCAAGGAGGAGAAGGAGCAAGAGAAGGAGGAAAAGGAAAAGGACAACGACGGCGACGACGAGCCGAGCUCCAAGGAGAAGAAGCAAUUCGUAAAGGACCUUAUCAAGAAGCUGAAGAAUGGUGACGAGUGCGACGAGGACGAUAUCUAUCCAGAUGUACGCGACUGUCGCAAGUACUACCGCUGCGAGGUGAAGAAGUCGGGCAAGCACAAGUUCGCACACCUGCGCUGCGACAAGAAGGAACGCUUCGAUUGGAUCGCCGAGUCCUGUUUGCCCAAGGACGAGGCCCGCUGCCUGGAGAAGUAGGCGAUUCGCCCUGGGAUUGACUAGAACACCCCCCGACCAGAAAUCCUUAAAUCUACUGCUGCAUCCGUACGAUAACCCCACAAUCAAUUGUAUUCCUCUAUUGGCAAUCAAAUUCUAUUCCCUAUCCCUUGGUCCUACCUAAUUUAUUGCACUAUUUUAAAUACCCUUUGUUUUUUUUUGUUUUCCACAAUAAAUCUUGAAGUUUAUGAAAAUCUGGCAAA